AUGUAUGCAGCGGGAAGAGGCCUCGCUAGAGCUACACGCCCAGCCCUGUCGUUCUCAAGCCACAGGGGCGCUGCCCAUGCUGCCCGUGCUGCCCGUGCUGCCCGUGCUGCCCGUGCUGCCCGUGCUAGCCAUACUACCCAUACUACCCAUACUACCCAUACUGCCCAUACUACCCAUACUACCCACGCUGCCGCUGUAGCCCCCAGAUGGAAGCCCUCAUCCGCGCUCGACGAAUGGGUGCAGCGCGAGGCCCGGCCCAUCAGCCUCCGCCAGUUGACCUUCUUCGGCAGGACGCUCACCGAGUCUCGUCUGCUGGACUCGGCCAACUACUGUCGACUCGAGCUGCCGACAAGACUGGCCCAUCGUCUGCGCGACAUCCAGACCCUGCCGUACGUCGUCGUUGCGAACCCCCACCUCGCCCACGUCUACGAGUCCUAUCUGCACGCCUUUGAGCGAUUCCGCCGCGUGCCCGAAAUCCGAUCCCUCGACGACAACGACCGCUACUGCAAAGUGCUCGAGGAAACCGUCAAGGAACACGCUACCGUCAUACCACGACUGGCCAUUGGCGUGCUGGAAGUACGCAACCUCAUGAAGCCUGACGAGACCGACAAAUUCAUGACCACCAUGUUGCGAGCGCGCAUAUCGCGGCGAGUCAUCGCCGAACAGCACCUAGCCCUCACCGAGACCUUCAGUUCGCCCUGGCACUUCCCCCACGCCCAACCGCCCCAGGAUCAGGAGGCCAUCGGAGAGAUCUUCUUACGAUGCAACGCGAGAGAGAUUGUCGAGUCGUGUGGCAAGACCACGCAAGAGCUGGUCAAGCGUGCCUACGGCGACCACGUCGACAUUCCCGACAUCAACGUCUACGGCCACCUGGAUGCCACCUUUCCCUACAUUCUGACCCACCUGGAAUACAUCAUCGGCGAGUUGUUGCGUAACUCCAUCCAGGCCGUCGUCGAACAGCGCAAAUCCAAAGACGCAAAGCCACCGCCAAUCGAGGUGCUCAUCUGCGAGACUUCCCAGCACGUCAUCAUCAGAAUCUCGGAUCAAGGCGGGGGCAUUCCCAACGAGCUGCUGCCCUACUUGUGGAGUUUCAGUAAAGGCCCACGUCGUGAGAAGAGACUGCAAAAUCUGGCCAGAGUGCCAAAGCUGCUUGGCACGCUGCAGGAGCUGCACGUCGGCGAUAAGUCGGCAUCGGAGCUGCAACAAAAGCACAGCAUGAGGUCAGGCGACGGCGACGUUCAUCGCGGCUCGCUGGCGUCUUUGACCUCCAGGGCGCCUGAUCUUCGCCUUGGCAUCGGUCUUCCCAUGUCGAGGCUGUAUGCGGAAUACUGGGCUGGCACUUUGGAGAUCCACAGCCUCGAAGGCUAUGGAGUGGAUGCCUUUCUUCAGAUCUCAAAGUUGGGCAACAAGAACGAACGACUCACCACACGUGCCUCGAUGGAUGCCAUCUAG